AUGAAUGCUGUAUCAGAUGAAAGCGUUGUAGAGGGUAAAUUAGUUACUGAAGUUAACUUGAUUGUUGAAGAGGAGGCGGCUGUUACUUUCGGGGAAGAAGCUAACAAUUUAUUUACAGUUAAUGAAGGUUUAGGUGAUGAAUUUUUUUGCGUAGAUUUAGGUGAUGAAUUGUUUUGUGAAAUUUUAGGUGAAUAUUGCGAAGGUUUAGAUGAUGAAUUUUGCGAAGGUUUAGAUGAUGAACCAUUUGCUGAUUUGGGUGAUGAUUUAGAUGAUGAUGAUUUAGAUGUUGGUUUGGGUGAAAGGUUAGGUGAAGGUUUAGGUGAAGGUUUAAGUGAAGGUUUAGGUGAAGGUUUAGGUGAAGGUUUAGGUGAAGAGAGUUUAGGUGUAAGGAUGGCCACGGAUGAUUUUUUUG